AUGCAGCGCCAGAAAUCGAUUACGUCGUUCUUCAAGAAACCCUCACCCGAGGGACAUCCGAAAACUCCCGGCGGAGACUCGGCGGACGGCGGCGGAGCUCUCCCCUUGCCUCUGACAAAGCAGGAUACAAAUGACGCCGUUUCUGGACCCAAGAAAGCUACUGGUACUGCCGAAGUUGACUGUACCGGUGAAGAAGUCAAAGGAACUGUUACACCGCCGGAGAAAGUUCCGCGUCAGGUUCUCCCGGCCCGUGGAGAUGUAAUCGGAACCAAUGACCUAUUCUCUUGCAUAAAGCACAAGUUCGUCAAGAAUGAUACUGCUAAAAUCUCUUCCACUGGGAAGCCAACUGGUGAUCCAAUUGAUAUGCGCGCUGUUAGUAGUACAUCCAGCGUGCCCAAACAAUCGGUAAAUGGAAAUUUCCUUUUUCAAGGAACCAGAAAGCAAACUGGUUGCCUUUCUUAUGGAACAGUUAAAAGAGGAAGCGAAUGGUGCCCGGCUGUUAUUGAAAGUGAUGAUGAUGUUGCUGGACCAGAAACACCAGGCACACGGCCUUCAGCUCCUCGGUAUAAAAGGGUACAAGAAGAUAUUCUUGAACCAAAAACCGAUGCCUCCACAUCAAAUCAUGCCAAAAGGAUGAAAUGUUUUCAGGAAUUGAAUCAAAAGAAGAACCAUGAAGAGGAUACUGCCAUGAGUAGUAAGUUUGAAUGGCUUCAUCCUUCUAAAAUCAAGGAUGCUAAAGGAAGAAGGCCUGGUAAUCCUUUAUAUGACAAAAGAACACUCUACAUACCUCCCGAUGCUUUAAAGAAAAUGUCGGCUUCUCAAAAGCAAUACUGGGAUGUCAAAUGUCAAUACAUGGACGUGGUGCUCUUCUUUAAAGUGGGAAAAUUUUACGAGCUUUAUGAAAUUGAUGCUGAAAUUGGUCACAAGGAACUUGAUUGGAAAAUGACAGUAAGUGGAGUGGGUAAAUGUCGUCAGGUGGGUAUAUCGGAGAGUGGGAUUGAUGAUGCUGUUCAGAAGCUGAUUGAUCGUGGGUAUAAAGUUGGAAGAAUAGAACAGCUGGAGACAUCAGAGCAAGCAAAGUCUAGAGGUUCCACUGCAGUAAUUCAAAGGAAAUUAGUAAGCGUGCUCACGCCAUCUACCACCAGUGAUGAUAGUAUUGGCCCUAAUGCUGUUCAUCUUCUUGCCAUCAAGGAGGAGUGUUGUGCGCUGGAGAAUGGUUCGGUAGACUUUGCGUUUGCUUUUGUCGAUUGUGCUGCUUUGAGAUUUUGGGUUGGUUCCAUCCGUGAUGAUGCUUCUUAUGCAGCUCUGGGAGCAUUGUUAAUGCAAGUGUCACCUAAGGAAGUGAUUUACGAUAGUCAAGGAGUGUCCAAAGAGGUACUGAAGGCACUGAAGAAGUACUCAUUAACAGGUUCAAGCGCAACAUUGUUGACUCCUGCUGAAGUUAGUGGUGAUCUUGUUACGGCCUCAGACGUGAAAAAGUUCAUUCAGUUAAAGGGAUACUUCAAAGGAUCUUGUAGCAGGUGGGAUCAUAUGCUUGAGGGGAUUAUGCAUCAGGAUCUUGCAUUAUGUGCUCUUGGUGGACUCAUUAGCCACUUAUCUCGACUGAUGUUGGAUGAUGCAUUGUGUAAUGGAGAUGUUAUAUCAUAUCAAGUGUACAAAGGAUGUCUGAGAAUGGAUGGACAAACACUUGUGAAUCUUGAGAUUUUCAAUAAUAAUGCUGAUGGUGGUCAAUCAGGUACAUUGUACAAGUAUCUUGAUAAUUGCAUCACCUCGUUUGGUAAACGGCUUUUAAGGAACUGGAUCUGUCAUCCAUUGAGAGAUGUUGAGAAAAUUAAUCAAAGGCUAGAUGUGGUCGAUGAGCUUUUAGCACAUCCAGAAGUCAUGUUACUUGUUGCUCAAUAUCUACGCAAGGUUCCAGAUCUAGAGCGGCUUCAUGGACGUGUGAAGGCUACCAUUAACUCCUCUGCUGUGCUCUUGCUGCCUCUAGUAGGCAGCAAAACCCUGAAACAGCGAGUUAAAGCGUUUGGUUUGCUUGUCAAAGGUCUACGUGCAGGAAUGGAUUUGCUAAUGUCAUUACAGAAUGAAGGGCAUAUAACCACUUCGCUAUCAAAAGUUCUUUGCCUUCCACAACUGAUUGGGGCCAACGGGCUUGAUAAAUUUCUAACCCAAUUUGAAGCAGCAAUAGAUAGUGACUUUCCCAAUUAUCAGGAUCAUGUUGCAACAGAUUCAAGUGCAGAAACUUUGUCAAUUCUAGUGGAAUUAUUUGUAGAGAAGUCAAUCCAAUGGUCUCAAGUAAUCCAUGCCCUAAGCUGCUUGGAUAUACUUAGAUCUUUUGCUGUGAGCUCCAGCUUUUCUUGUGGAGCUAUGUGUAGACCGAAGAUUUUCCCUCAUUCAAAUACGAAUGCAGAGACUGGAGGUCCGAUACUUUCAAUGAAAGGAUUAUGGCAUCCGUAUGCCCUGGGGGCUAGUGGGGGAUUGCCUGUUCCAAACGAUUUACAUCUUGGGGUGAAUGAAGAUAUUUACAAUCCCUGUACCUUGCUAUUGACUGGACCAAACAUGGGUGGAAAGUCAACACUUCUACGUGCCACUUGUCUGGCUGUUAUACUUGCUCAGCUUGGUUGUUAUGUUCCUUGUGAAACCUGUGUUCUUUCGCUUGUGGACAUUGUCUUUACUCGGCUUGGAGCUACUGAUCGGAUUAUGACUGGAGAGAGUACAUUUUAUAUUGAAUGCACGGAGACUGCAGCAGUAUUACAGAAUGCGACACAAGAUUCUCUUGUGCUUCUUGAUGAAUUGGGUCGAGGGACUAGCACUUUUGAUGGUUAUGCUAUUGCAUAUGCAGUACUUCGUCAUCUUGUUGAGACAGUUAACUGCCGUUUGUUAUUUGCUACACAUUACCAUCCUCUCACAAAGGAGUUUGGUUCUCAUCCUCGUGUCAUAUUGAAACAUAUGGCUUGUGCUUUCAAGAAGCUGUCGGAGAGCUCCUGCCUUGGUGAGCAGGAACUGGUAUUCUUAUAUCGGCUUGCCUCUGGCCCGUGCCCUGAGAGCUACGGCAUGCAAGUAGCCAGAAUGGCCGGUAUCCCUGAAGUGGUUGUCCUAGGUGCUUCACAGGCUGGCCAGGUCAUGAAGAAGUUAAUCAGAGAUAGUUUCCAGUCAAGUGAGCAAAGGGCAAACUUCUCAACCUUGCAUGAACAAUGGUUCAGGUCCCUUCUGGCAAUUGCAAAAGCCGAGGAGACUGAUGUUGAGGAUACAUUCGAUACAUUAUAUUGCUUGUGGCUUGAGCUUAAGAACUCCAAGAGGUUAGGAACUGCUGAACAUAUAUAA